AUGAUUGUGCUUUUGAUUGUCCUGUGCAUCACGGAUGGAGUACUCUCUCAGAUACGCUACUCUGUGCCGGAGGAGGCGGAUCAUGGCACCUUGGUGGGGAAUAUCGCUGAAGACCUGGGGCUGGACCUUACCAAACUCGCCUCCCGCCGCUUCCAAGUGGUGCCCAGUUCUCGGACACCGUACCUGGAGGUGAACCUGGAGAACGGCGUCCUUUUCGUUAAUGAAAAAAUCGAUCGGGAGCAGAUUUGCAAGCAGAGCGCCAGCUGCCAGCUCAACAUGGAGGUGUUCUUGGAGAACCCGCUGGAGCUGUUUCGGGUAGAAAUCGAGGUGGUGGACAUUAACGACAACCCUCCCAGCUUCCCGGAGACAGACAUCACGGUGGAGAUCUCAGAAAGCGCCACGCCGGGCACCCGCUUCCCCCUGGAGAGCGCAUUCGACCCGGACGUGGGCUCUAACGCUUUACGCACGUAUGAUAUCACCACUAACAACUACUUUUAUCUGGACGUGCAGACCCAGACGGACGGAAACAAGUUCGCAGAACUGGUCCUGGAAAAGCCGCUGGACCGGGAGCAGCAGGCGGCGCACAGGUAUGUGCUGACCGCGGUGGACGGCGGUCAGCCUCCCCGGACUGGCACCGCGCUGCUGGUGGUCAAAGUACUGGACUCUAACGACAACGUGCCGGUCUUUGACCAGCCCGUGUACACGGUGAUCCUCUCGGAGAACGCACCGGUAGGCACGUUGGUCAUACAGCUGAACGCCACUGACAUGGACGAGGGAUUAAACGGGGAGAUAGUUUAUUCUUUCAGUAACCACAUAUCCAACCGCGUAAAGGACCUGUUCAGCAUAGACCCGCGCACUGGCCGCAUCGAGGUGCGCGGAGAGGUGGAUUUCGAAGAGAGCAGCCUCUAUCAGAUCUUCGUCCAGGCCAAGGAUUUGGGGCCAAACGCCGUACCCGCGCACUGCAAAGUGCUUGUCAAAGUCACCGACAUGAACGACAAUGCACCGGAGAUCACCUUCAGCACUGUCACGGAGUCGGUGAGCGAAAAGGCGGCUCCCGGUACAGUCAUCGCGCUGCUGAGUGUGACGGACAGGGACGCAGAGGAAAACGGACAGAUCCACGUGGAAAUCCUCGGCGAUGUCCCGUUCAAAUUAAAAUCCUCCUUUAGGAAUUAUUUCACCAUAGUGACCGACGGGCCGUUGAACCGGGAGCAGGCGGACUCUUACUCCGUGACGGUGGUCGCGCGAGAUAAUGGGGCGCCCUCUCUUGCCACCAGUAAGUCCAUUCGAGUCCAUGUGUCAGAUGAGAACGACAACGCGCCUACAUUUACGCAGCCCAUAUAUGAUGUGUAUGUGACAGAGAACAACGUGCCAGGGGCUUACAUUCAUGCUGUGACGGCGCUGGACCCGGACGUAGGUCAGAAUGCGCUCAUCAGCUACUCCAUAUUAGAGUGUGACAUCCAGGGUAUGUCAGUCAAAACCUAUGUGUCCAUCAAUGAGGAGACAGGCUAUCUGUACGCUCUCAGGUCCUUCGAUUAUGAGCUGCUGAAGGAUUUCACAUUCAUGGUCCAGGCGAGAGACGCAGGCACCCCAGAGCUGUCCUCCAACGCCACAGUCAAAGUCAUCAUCGUGGAUCAGAAUGACAAUCCUCCCAUGGUGCUGGCCCCGCUGGGGAAGAACGGCACAGCCAAGGAGCCCCUGCCCCGCUCGGCCGAGCCGGGCUACCUGGUGACCCGCAUCGUGGCUAUGGACGCGGAUGACGGUGAGAAUGCUCGGCUGUCCUACAGCAUCCAGAGAGGGAACGAGAAUGGCAUGUUCAGGAUGGACUGGAGGACAGGUGAGCUCCGAACGGCGAGGCGGGUGUCGGCUAAGCGAGACCCCCACCAGCUGUAUGACCUGCUCAUUGAAGUGAGAGACCAUGGGCAGCCGCCGCUGUCUUCCAGCGCCAGCGUUCUGGUGAUGCUCGUGGACAGUGUGACUGAAGGCCGCGGAAGCGGGGACCGGGGGGGCACUGCCAAGGCCAAAGACGGCUCCCUGGACCUCACCCUCAUCCUCAUCAUCGCCCUGGGUUCUGUCUCCUUCAUCUUCCUCCUGGUCAUGAUCGUACUGGCCGUGCGCUGCCAGAAGGACAAAAAGCUUAACAUUUACACCUGUCUGACCAGUGACUGCUGCCUGGGCUGCAACUCCUGCUGCUCACGGCAGGGUCGGGCCCGCAAGAAAAAGCUCAGCAAGUCGGACAUCAUGCUGGUGCAAAGCACUGGCAACGUCAGUGGGGCCGGUACGGCCCAAGUCCCCGUGGAGGAGUCAGGGAGCUUCGGCUCCCUCCAUCAAAACCAGAACUAUUGCUACCAGGUAUGUCUGACUCCAGAGUCUGCCAAAACCGACCUCAUGUUCCUAAAGCCGUGUAGUCCGUCUAGGAGCACAGACACCGAUCACAACCCGUGCGGGGCCAUAGUGACAGGGUACACAGACCAGCAGCCUGACAUCAUAUCAAAUGGCAGCAUUUUAUCAAACGAGACGAAACACCAGCGAGCUGAACUCAGCUACCUGGUUGAUAGGCCGAGACGUGUCAACAGUUCGGCAUUCCAGGAGGCGGACCUGGUCAGCUCCAAAGACAGCGGUCACGGAGACAGCGAGCAGGGAGACAGCGACCAUGACGCCACCAACCGAGGCCAUUCCUCUGGCGCAGAUCUGUUCUCUAACUGCACAGAGGAGUGUAAGGCCCUCGGCCACUCCGAUCGCUGCUGGAUGCCGAGCUUUGUGCCCUCCGACGGGCGCCAGGGCCCAGACUACCGCAGCAACCUCCAUGUACCCGGCAUGGACUCAGUCCCCGACACAGAGGUAUUUGAAAGCCCUGAGCAAACAGCUGACAAGUCAUUCUCCACCUUUGGCAAGGAGAUCUACCACCAGGGCUCCAUAGAGAGGAAAGAGUUGGAAUCAUUUCUGCCUUGCUCCAGAGCACCUUAUAGCCCGUCCUAUUUAACGAGGAAAAGGGUUUGCUAGCUCCUUUCGCGUGGAUAUACCGGAGACCGCGUGACUUUGCACAAUCACUCCUCGACGGCCAAGGCUAUAAAAACAAACAUCAAGUUGUCAACCUAAAUUGCCCUCCCUACCCUCAUCCCUACUCACCCAACACAAAAAACAAACAAAAAGAGAAAACACACUCGACUCCACACAAAAUGAGGGAUCACCCAAUUAA